GCCAGCCCUAAUUUGGAUCAUCCUUCCCGCGACUCCCAGAGGUCGGUUAAUGGAGUUCGCGUUGAGUGACAACGCCCUGAAAACCUUUGCUCGCUGCGUCACUUGUCUCGCCCGCAUCGGAAAUGAGCUUUCUAUUCAAGCCUCCUCCUCUCAGCUUGUUUUCCACGCUCUCAAUUCAUCGCGAUCAGCAUAUCAAUCCAUUACCUUCAAACCAGGCUUCUUUGAUGUCUACACAGUAUCGGGAAACCUGGCGCAAUUUAGUGUACUUUUGAAGGCUAUUUGUUCAGUUUUCAGGACCCCUAUAACAAAUAUUGAUCGUUUAACAGUGAGACUGCCUGGUCCUGACGCUUCUAAAGUGCAGUGGAUACUGGAAUGCUGCAAUGGUAUGAGGAAAACCUAUUGGAUUACAUGCAAUACCGAAUCUGACAUACAGCACUUAUCCCUUGAUAGGCAAAAAUUCCCAAGUAACUUUGUUGUGAGGCCUCAAAUUCUCAACAGAUUACUAGCUAAUUUUCAGUCAUCUCUCCAAGAGAUUACCAUCAUCGCAACAGAACCAUCCUCGUUACCUUCUGAUGCUGCAAGUGAAAUUGGUGGAAAGGCUGUUGAACUUCGAAGUUAUUUGGACCCAACCAAAGAUAAUGACUCAUUGCUACACACCCAGUUGUGGAUUGAUCCUAAAGAGGAAUUUUUACAGUAUAUUCAUAAUGGAGACCCUGUUGAUGUGACUUUCAGUGUAAAAGAACUGAAGGCUUUUCUUUCAUUCUGUGAAGGCUGUGAAGUUGACAUCCAUUUACAUUUUGAGAAAGCUGGAGAGCCUGUUUUAAUGGCACCUAAAUUUGGUUUGGAAGAUGGGCCUGAUUCAAAUUUUGACGUCACACUUGUCUUGGCAACCAUGUUGGUAUCUCAGCUACAUGAAGAUGCCUCAGAAGUUCCACAGGCAUCUACCAGAAUCCAUGCUCAAACUGAAAAGGGUGGAUCUCAUGUGCGGCAAGAAAAUUGUAAAACAAAUGUAUCUGAGCUUCCAUCUGAUCACACCCGUAUAUGGUCUGACCUAUCAGGAAGUGCAACUAAAAAUACUAGUGGUAUGGAGGAAAGACAGGCACAAAGAGAAAAAUUUUUGAAUGAUAAUGAACAGAGGGAGAUUCAAAGGAUUGUUACAAUGCAGAUUUCAGAAGUAGCAUCAGCCGCAAGAAAUAAUUUUGUUGAGAACAAUUCCUACCAUCCAACUGAGAAAGAUCGUGUCCAAGAAGGUCAAGAUGGGAUGCAAGGCAAUGGUCAAGGCUUUUCUCAGCAUCACCCUAGCAAUUGGGUAGAAUCUGAAGAGGAUGAUAAUGAUGAUGAUGGGGAUGAGAACGAGCAGUAUGUUCAGUCAACACCAACAUAUUAUGAGGAAUCAUAACAUUGAUCAAACUCUAUUGAUUGUUCUCUUUCCUCUGUAAGUAUUCUUGCCAAUUCUGGUCACCGUGAUUUUCAAUGGAUUGGACAUGAGCAGAAGGCACCCCUUCUUGCAGCUUGUAAAUCAUGGGCUUCGGGUGGCUUAAGACUUGUGGUAAGCGUAAAUGUGUUAAAAUGUACUGAAAUUAUCGGACACCCUCCCGUUUUUCUAAUACAUGCAUUUUUUUUUAUAA